GUCAGCUCAGUGCUUCUAAGAUUGCAUUGCCAGUGAGCUAGGAUUAAAAUCGAAGAGCACACUUGCUCUGUGCCUUCUGUAAAGUUAGUGUUUAGUAAAUACCUUUUUGAUUGAUUUAAUGAAAGAUGUCAUCCCAGGACCAGUGGAGUGUUCUUCAUAAAUUCAAAGGAAUUCUCUUUUCUACUAUGUCUUCAGAAGAACUUCUAAAUUCCCUGGAUUGUUUUGAUGCAAGAGAAGAUGAUGUUUUUCUGGUUUCCUACCCCAAAUCUGGCACUCACUGGAUUGCAGAAGUCAUUAAGAACAUUCCCAAUGCUAGAAUUACCCUAACAUCUCCUAUUGAAUUGGGAGACAUUUCUAAAUUUGAAGAGCUAAAAACAUACUGUGAGAGAAGAGUUAUUCCAACACAUUUGAGCUAUGACAUGCUACCAACGAAUGUUAAACAGAAACAAUGCAAGGUUAUCUACAUCAUUAGGAAUCCAAAAGACACAGCUGUUUCACUGUUCCACUACUACAGGGAAAACCCUAACCUCCCCGGGAUUGAAACCUGGAACGAAUUUUUUGAGCUGUUCCUAAGAGGAGAUGUUGUAUAUGGAUCUUGGUUUGAUCACGUUUUAAGCUGGGAAGAACACAAAAAUGCUCAAAAUAUCUUAAUUAUAUUCUACGAAGAAAUGAAGACAGAUCUUUCUAAAAACAUAAAGAAAAUAACUACUUUCCUUGGUUUAAACUUGACUGAUGGUGAAAUUAACAUGAUUGCUCGGAAAACGUCAUUCAGUGAAAUGAAAAAUAAUGCAGUCAAAGAAAACUGUGAUCCGAAUCAUACCAUCUGUGCCCUCACAUCUAAUAGGAGACUGGUAUUUAGGAAAGGUGCAGUGGGUGAUUGGAUAAACUACUUUACUUCAAAGCAGAAGAGAGUAUUUGAUGAACUAUUCACAGAGAAAAUGAAACACAGUGAACUAGCAGGUCACUUUGGAGAGUACUCCUAAUAGAAAUGGGAAAUGAAACCAAUUUCCAUUUUUUUGCAGUGCUGUGCUUGGGGAAUACAAAUUUUUCACCAAAGUGGAAAGCAAAUAUUUCUUUCAGUGAGAUAUACACACCUUAUGAAAAAGUGUCAUGUGUGAGAGACUAUUAUUAGCAUACUUGGUGAUACAUAAUUACUAAUAAAAGGAAGUAUAUGAUUUUUGAAUGGCUGAAUUAUAUAUCUGCUUUCAGGAUAUUCAUAAGGCAAAGGAGAUUACUUCUAUUCAGAGAGAGCAUAUUUCUGUGGGUGUUCUAGAAGCUGCAUUAGUGUACUACAAAAGAGGUGAGGGAUUAUCUCAAAUAACAAAUGUCUGAGAAGAAAUUAUUUUCUGCCUGUUUGGACCAUCAUGACCUCUAGACAUUUUUAUUUCAACAUUCCCUGGUGUCUGGGUAGAAAUAGUCUCCAGUAUCAUACAGUGACAAACAUAAUUUUACUAAGGUGGGGAUGUCUGAUAGAUUAUAUCAAUGAUCACAGUCAGUAUAUUGGUGAGAAUAAAGAAUGAAAAAAAAACCCAACUCUUUACCAUUAAAUUGACACUGGCAUGGCAUUCCAGUAUUUUCUUUAUCUUUCAUAAAGUCAAGUUACAAAAUUUCUUAUUUUCCAGUUUUGAAAUGUAUAAGUUUCCUUGAAUUAUUUGUGAUUUUUUACAGUGUUUUGAAUAUGGAUACUUUCUCCCAGAAGCAUUUCUAGUUUUAAUAUAAUCUCUAUAAUUCUCUCUCUCCUAUUGAAUAUUAUUCUGAAGCUUUAGCCUAGAGGACAUUGUAAUGAAAUUUCAAUGAACUUAUUUUAGGAUUAUUACCUAAACAACAAUAUACAAGUUAUGAACAUCUAUGUCAUAUUGUUUACAUCUUGACCAUAAUAUCUAAUUCAAAGCCAAGUGGAAAAUCAAAAUUGUAUAUUGUAUAUGACUCUGAGCUAUAAACUCAAAGCAAUGGGUUGAGUUAGUUAAUUCAGCCACUUCGAUUCUGUACCUCAGUGUAUUGUAAAUGUUAUUUCCAGUAACAAAUCUGUUGGGGUCUUUUGUAUCAAGUUUAUCACAAUUCAGUAAGUAUUAGAUUUUGAUAAAUCUCCUUUAUUAGAUGUAUUUGUUAUCAAUAAAAUGUA